AUGAAACUCACUGGAAUUGUCUGCAUCCAGGAGCGAUAUGGAGCAAUUUUCAACAUGGAGGAGAAAUUCUUACAUGUGUCUGGUAACAGAAGACAGUAUUUCACUGACACAAAACUUACACUGAGUGGGAUAGCAACACCCUGGCACCAAACCUCGAACUCUAAGGUGAAUGGAAAUGCUGGAGCGCUGAAUGAAACAAGUAUGAGAGCAGUGGUGACAGGCGGCGGAGGCUAUUUUGGAUACAAGCUGGGAUGUGCUCUUGCCAGCGCAGGAGCUUCUGUUGUUUUGAUUGAUUUACACAAGCCUAUCUGGGAAGUUCCCAAUGGAGUAGUGUGUAUCCAGGCAGAUGUCAGGGAUUAUGCUUCCAUAUUUGCAGCCUGUGAAGGGGCUGACUGUGUGUUUCAUGUAGCUUCAUAUGGAAUGUCAGGAAGAGAGCAACUGCACAGAGAAGAGAUUGAAACUGUAAACAUUUGUGGAACAAGAUUCGUCAUUGAUGCCUGCAAACAAAGGAACAUCACUAGACUGAUUUACACCAGUACAGUAAAUGUGGUGUUUGGAGGGCUUCCUAUUGAAGAUGGUGAUGAGGAAACUGUGCCAUAUUUUCCCAUAGAACAG